UUGUGAAGUGACGUGUGCACAAAACCCGGUCAAUGGUAGCGAAAAACACCUAGCACCCCUAGUUGGAUGCUACCCUACCGCAUUUUUUUUUUUAAUAUUGUAAUAUUUAGAUAUUAUAAAUAUAUUUAUCACCAACUCGUAGUAAGUUACGGCGAACUAGAAGCAAAAUGUCAGCAAGUGCUGUUUACGUGUUAGACCUCAAAGGCAAGGUUCUGGUUUGCCGUAACUACAGAGGAGAUGUGGACAUGUCAGAGAUUGAGCACUUUAUGCCCAUCCUCAUGGACAGAGAGGAGGAGGGUAACUUAUCCCCUAUCCUGGCCCACGGAGGUGUCCGCUUCAUGUGGAUCAAACACAACAACCUGUACCUUGUAGCAACGUCUAAGAAAAAUGCUUGUGUCUCAUUGGUCUUCUCUUUCCUCUACAAAAUUAUUCAGGUUUUCUCAGAGUAUUUUAAGGAGUUGGAAGAGGAGAGUAUCAGAGAUAACUUUGUCAUCAUCUAUGAGUUGAUGGAUGAGUUGAUGGACUUUGGCUACCCCCAGACCACUGACAGCAAGAUCCUUCAAGAGUACAUCACCCAAGAGGGGCACAAGCUAGACACGGGGGGCCCGCGCCCCCCUGCAACCGUCACCAACGCAGUGUCCUGGAGGUCAGAGGGCAUCAAGUACAGGAAGAAUGAAGUCUUCCUGGACGUCAUUGAGUCUGUUAAUCUUCUGGUCAGUGCGAAUGGUAAUGUGCUGCGCAGUGAGAUCGUGGGCUCCAUCAAGAUGCGGGUGUUCCUGUCAGGGAUGCCUGAGCUGCGUCUGGGGCUCAACGACAAAGUUCUCUUUGAGAACACUGGCCGUGGGAAGAGUAAAUCAGUGGAGCUGGAGGACACGAAGUUCCACCAGUGUGUGCGUCUGUCCCGCUUUGAGAAUGACCGCACCAUUUCUUUCAUUCCUCCCGAUGGAGAGUUUGAGCUCAUGUCCUACCGCCUCAACACACACGUGAAGCCCCUGAUCUGGAUUGAGUCUGUGAUAGAGAAACACUCUCACAGCAGGAUCGAGUACAUGAUUAAGGCUAAGAGUCAGUUCAAGAGGCGGUCCACAGCCAACAAUGUGGAGAUCCACAUUCCAGUUCCCACAGAUGCCGACUCGCCCAAGUUCAAGACCACGGUGGGCAGUGUCAAGUGGAUCCCAGAGAACAGCGAGGUCAUCUGGUCCAUUAAGUCAUUCCCGGGGGGUAAGGAGUAUCUGAUGAGGGCCCACUUCGGUCUGCCCAGUGUGGAAGCAGAGGACAAGGAGGGGAAGCCCCCCAUCAGUGUCAAGUUUGAGAUCCCCUACUUCACUACUUCUGGCAUCCAGGUGCGCUACCUGAAGAUCAUUGAGAAGAGUGGCUACCAGGCUCUGCCAUGGGUUCGAUACAUCACACAGAACGGGGAUUACCAGCUCCGAACCCAAUAGAAACUGCAGCAGGAAAGGGAAGGGCCCAUAUUUCUAUGGAUGGAACAUUGUUGGUCACGGAUGUGUAAUUACUUCUCGUCCUUUUUCAUGGACAUUUGUUGUCAAUUGACUUCAUUUGUUUUCUUUUCAAGUUUGAAGUUUGUUUCAUGUUUAGUGCCAUAAUACAAAAAUUAUAUUCCUCUGAAAAUGUAUAAAUAUACGUUUUUAUUUGGUUCCAGUUGUGCUCUAAAAGUAGUGAGAUGUAUGAUAUUUCUAUAGUAGGUCAGUUGCAAAUAAUCAAUACAAUUGUUGAUACUCUACUUACCCCUUUUCCAUCUAAAUCACCUGCUUGCAAUGUGGUCAUAUAUUUUAAAGGUCAAUUUCAGGUGUUACAAGUUGAGUGUGACCAACGAAACAGUGAAGUGUUAUAAGAAGUUUAAUGUGAAUUUACACACCGCGUUCGAUUUAUCGGUUGUCCUGAUUACUUAGUGAUAGCCUGAUGCAAGGCUGAAAAAGCUCUUCAAUAUAUUGUCUGGUCCGGAAUCAUCGGACAUCAUAGUCUGUAUGGCUGUUAUGAUGAGAAUAAGGUGCAUUGGUACAUUUGUGCAGAUCGAAGUGGGCACUUAAAAUGGUCAAACUAUAAUAAAAUAUUUGCCACAAGUUUUUAUUGCAGUUCCUUUAGGCCACCAUUACCUCUGUGAAUAAUCAAAUCCUAAAUGUUUAUUAGGAUGUAUUAAGUUGCUAAUUAGCUGUUGAUACAUUUUUAUAUUUUUGUCAUUUUCAUCUCUUUUGUUUUCUUAUCCUCACAUUAUUCAGUGGAAUACAACAUGCUCAAUGGAAGGCAACAUUUUAUAAACCGUUCUGAAUGAAGCUAGCUAUUAAAUGGUAUUGUACAUUGCUAGCAGAUCUUUUAGAUUGACUGCCAUGGUUGAUAUAAGUCAAUACGUUCUAAAAAACUAGGCCAAAAGCUGUAAACCGCAAAUUUGCAAAAACAUCCCUAUAGUGAUCUGACCAUCAGAUAUUUUCUCCCUCAUAAAAUAAAAAUUAUAUGGUCUUG